CACGAUGACGUCGACGAUUCGAAGGGUGGACAAGGUGCCCUUCUCGGUUGACAGGUCUCGUCGGAUGUUCGACGUGAUGUUCGGAUCACCUUUUUCUUCGCGCACCCAGUGCGCCGAAUUGCCGAAACUGCGACGGAACACACGGCCCGUCGAUGCGAACACCGCGCCGUCGGGCAAACCGCGCUACAUCGGAUUCCCCACCUUUCACGAGAGCUCCCAGGGCCGUACGAUCAGCCGAAGCGGUGGGAGGAUGGUUUCCGUCAUCGAGCUCAACGAGAGCGUCAGACUGCCUGGUGCUGAAUUGUUAAUAAUACCUACCGACUCACAUGUACACCGCUGCAAACAACCGUGUCUAAAUGCCAAAUGUGUCGACGUGCAUACGAACAAUUGAUUAUAACGUAGACGUCGUUAGACGAGAGAUCUUUGUACCAGUCUGACAUACAUUCAAGAAUUCAAGACUCUUCAGUUGUAAAACUUCAAUGUCAAAACUAAAGAAACAUUAAGGAGAUUAAAUUUCAUACAGCUCUAACUUCCCGAU